AGAUGUCCACGGCCAUCCGUCGAUUGACAGCCGAUAGAUGCGACCUAAUGUGACGUGCAUACGACACGAAGCACGUGUAUAAAAGAAGCUGAGCGCGCUCCAGAACCGUCAGUGGGUCAGCACAAUCGACCGGAUGAAGCUCAUUUUGUGUCUGUUCCUGGUGGCUUUGGCCACUGGCCUUCCUGAAAAGAACGCCCGGAUCGUCAACUACCAGUACGGCAUUGAAGAGGACGGCGCCUACACAGCCGAGUACGAGACCAGCAAUGGCAUCAGAGCCCAGGAGGACGGCAUCUCCUACCCCGGAAACGAUCCCGAGUCUGGCAACUACGUGAGGAGCGGCUCGUACUCGUACGAAUGGGAGGGCGUCACCUACACGGUCACCUGGACGGCCGACGAGAACGGCUUCCACCCGGAGGGUGACCACCUGCCUGACUUCAGUCAUGUCUCGGAGCAUAUCGGAAACAUAGACGAUGCUAAAUGAACAGAGAUCCGCGGUGCGGUCUUGAUAUUCCCGUGAUAAGUUUGUGUCCCUCUCAGUCAUUGCGCUGUGGUAGGUAUAUUAUCAUUAAACAAUAUUUUAUAUAACAUGUCACCUCAUUGGUAAAUACUCAUACGCGCUUUUCACUUUGAUCUAUGUCGCCGUAAAGGGGAAACAAAUGGUGCUUAAAGACGUAAUUAAGAGAAACCAGUGAUUUUUAAAAGAAUGUGUGCUUUCAUCAGCUACUCUUCUACAUUUUGUGUUUGUGAAAUGUGCAACGUCCGUCCGUUGUCUUUAUGUUUGCUUGAAGCUCCUUUUUGUCCCUAUACAUGUCCUUGUGCAGCCUACGAAACUUCUGUGGCAUCCCAACCCCCAGGAUAGUAUAUGCAAUGUCCAUUUUGUAUUUUCCUCUCAUGUGGAAUCGUGUCCCCUAGCUGUCAAUACAAAUAACUAAGCUUCAA